AUGAAACCGAAGCUCUCGUACAUUGGCACCUCCCUCAAUAACGUUCAAGCCCAGACUUGGGUUCCCAACUCCCUCGCACUCAUGCAAGCCGUCGUCUCUCCGCUCUUUUCCUCUGCAUCUGAUGUCUUUCAGGCGCGCAAGUGGCUUCUCGUUGGGACUUCGGCCAUUUCGUUGAUUGGCGCAGCCAUUGCCCCCGGUUCGACAGAUAUUUACCGGCUGAUCGCAGCUACGGUGCUCAUUGGUGUUGGCUUUUCGUCCGUAGGGCUGGCCUUUGCCGUCCCGAGUGAGAUCUUGCCGCGGAAAUGGAGGCCUAUGUCCCAGGCAGUAAUGAAUAUUGCCGCUUGUCUCGGUGCCGUAACCGGCCCAUUGGUUAUCGGGGCAUUCACCAAGGCGGAUGAGAUGAAUGGUUGGAAGAAUUUCUAUUGGGUGCAAAUGGCCCUCUGGGGCGCCACGGCAAUAGGAAUCUUCUUUGGCUAUCGGCCCCCAAAGCGACAUACUCGACUCGACCACCUCUCCAUCUGGCAAAAGCUCACGCACCUGGAUCUACCGGGGUUUGGUCUACUCACAACUGGGCUCACUUUGUUCCUAGUCGCUUUGAACCUCGGAGGCGGUUUAUUCUCAUGGACAAACGCCCGUGUGCUGUCUCUGAUGAUCAUUGGAUUGGUAAUCAUAGUUUGCUUUGGAGUGUACGAGUGGAAAGGUACAAAGACAGGCAUUCUGCAUCAUGAGCUCUUCCAAGGAGGGAAAGCAGCUGGCCGCACGUUUGCCCUCUGCAUUGUCCUCAUGUUGAUCGAAGGCAUACUAUUGUUCUCAUAUGUCAUUUUCUAUCCUAUCAUGACAUCUCAGCUCUUUGAAAAAGAUCCUUUCCUCCUUACCGUCAGGGGCCUGCCUUUCUGGGUUGUCUCCGGCUUGUCCACCGCCGUGUGGGGUUACUGGAGCAUGCGGCUCGGGACCGUUCGCACGCCGCUCUUCACCGGCUUCCUAAUCUACACGGCCGGACUUGUCGGCCUCGCCACCAUCAGGCCCCGCGACGAUCUCAGAUGCCUCAUAUUCGCCGGCCUCGCCGGUCUCGGCUUCGGCGCCCCGCUAGUCCUGAUCACAGCGGCCGUCCAGCUCUCGACGCCGCACCACCUGAUCGCCACCGCCACCGCCGUAGCGACCUCCGCCCGGGCGGUUGGCGCGACAGUCUUCACGGCCAUAUACAGCGCUGCUUACGGCUCCGUUAUUGGUGUGAAGUUGCCCAAUGGCAUCACUAGCGCCGCAAUCAAGACGGGCCUCGAGGCUGACUACGUCCCCUCGUUCAUUGGCGCCCUGACAUCGCAGAAUACCACAGCACUAUACGCGAUUCCAGGAGUCAACUCCACGAUCAUCGACGCGGUCAUGGGAGCUGAGAACCAGGCGUAUGCUGACUCGCUGCAUGUCGUCUACUAUAUCGCGAUUCCUUUCGGAGUCGUGGCGUGUUUCAUUUGCUUCUUCCUGGGCGAUCUGCGCUCGACUAUGAACUACCGGGUCGAUGCACCCGUAGAGAAUCUGACGGCUAGGAGGCACCCCGCUGAAAAAAAGACGAUUGACAGGCUCGUUUGGAACAUCGUGAAGUCAAUCCUCAUGCACUUCUGA